AUGAAGCUUGCAUUUUGGAAUAUUAGGGGUAUGAAUUCACCCCUUAAACAAAAUGGAAUUCGUGAAUUUAUCAAGCAACGUUGCAUUGAUAUUAUGGGUAUUUUGGAAACAAAGUUGGGGGAUCAAAAAUUGAUGAGAAUUUUGAGGAAUAAGUUCGAUGGCUUCAUGUAUGUCAACAAUUUUGGAACUCAUAGAGCCGGACGGAUCUUGAUUUUGUGGAAUCCAUCCAAAGCAUUUUUGGAUGUGAUGGAGGUUUAUCCGCAAAUCAUUCAUUGUAAAGCUACUUGCAAGGUAACAUCUUAUACCUUUCUUGUUAGUUUUGUUUAUGGAUUUCAUACCGUGGUUAACCGGAGGCCACUUUGGAAUAACAUUAUGGAGUUCAACGCUAGUAUCUCAUCACCAUGGUUGAUUCUUGGUGACUACAACAAUGUUCUUAAAUUUGAUGAGAAAUGUAAUGGGGCGGAUGUUACCCCUUAUGAAAUCAAGGAUCUUAAAAAUUGUUGCCUUCAUGAAGGUCUAAUGGAUAUGUGGUCUAUUGGUUGUUAUUACACAUGGACUGAUGGUUCGGUUUGGAACAAAAUUGAUAGGGCAAUGAUCAAUGAUAUUUGGGUGCAAAAUGGGGCAUAUGUUGUUGCAAAUUUUCUACCCUCCAGUUGUCUUUCUGAACAUUCCCCUUGCGUUGUUUCCGGGACAAAACAAUUUAUCCUUUGCAAGCAAUUGAGCAAACUAAAGGAAGAUUUGAAGGAGCUUAAAAUUAAGCAUUUUGGGCACAUUUCGACUAGGGCAAAUGAGGCUAAAAUUGAAUUGGAGGCUGCCCAAUUACAAUUACAUAAUCAGCCCAAGAACGUGGAUUUUCAACUCUUGGUUGCUAAGUUGAGAAAGAAGGUCAUUGGUUUAUGUGAAGCGGAAAGAAGUUUUUAUUAUCAAAAGACAAAAUGCAUCUUCCUUAAGCAAAGUGAUAAAUGUACAAAGUUUUUUCACUCGGUGGUCAAAAUGAACUCUAGGAGGAAUUUCAUUGCUUCUAUUCUUAAAGAGGACGGGAUGUAUACCACUUCACAAGACCAAGUUGCUUUGGAAUUUGUAAAUUUCUAUACCAACUUGCUGGGUAAAUAUGAGGUCGUUCGGCCGAUUGACAACGACAUUAUUUGCAAUGGGCCUUUGGUAUCUUUAGAACAAGGUAAUGCAUUGGUUCGGGACAUUUCUAUUGAGGAGAACAAAGAGUCUCUUUUUGGGAUUGGAGAUGAUAAAUCUCCCGGAUCGGAUGGGUACACUUCAUGUUUUUUCAAAAGAGCAUGGGGUCAAAUCAACCAUGUGGUCAUUGCUUUGGUACCAAAAUCUACUCAUGCACCUAGUGUUGGGAAUUAUAGACAGAUAUCUUGUUGUAAUGUGAUCUAUAAAGUGAUCACAAAAAUCCUUGCAUCUAGAUUGAGGCCUAUCUUGAGAGACAUUGUGGACCAAAAACAAGCCGCUUUCAUUAAAGGUAGGAGCAUGAUGGAAAAUAUUCAUCUUGCUCGAGAACUCAUGAGACAAUACAAUAGAAAGAGGGUAGCUCCAAGACGUCUCCUUAAAAUUGAUUCAAGGAAAGCUUAUGACUCGGUUAGUUGGAACUUUCUCAAAAGUGUACUUGAAGGGUUAAAUUUUCCUUUGAGAUUUGUUCAAUGGAUUAUGGAAUGUGUUACCACUCCAACAUAUUUCAUUGCUUUGAAUGGGAGUAUGCAUGGAUUCUUCAAAGGCGGGAAAGGUCUUCGGCAAGGUGAUCCACUUUCCUCUUUUUUGUUCAUGUUUUGUCUUGAAUAUUUUUCUAGAAUGAUCAAGGAUGCUAAAAAUUAUAGUGAAUUUAGUUAUUACCCGAAAUGUGGUCUCCGUAAGAUAACCCAUUUGGCUUUUACGAAUGACUUGUUGCUCUUUGCAAAGGGAGAUGCUAUGUCUGUGGAAAUUCUCAUGAAUUGCCUUAACAAGUUUGGUUUAACGUUGGGUAUUCAUCUUGCCUCGGAGAAGCUCAAAGUGAGUUCUUAUGCUUCGCUCCUUGAAAAAAUUGCGGCUGAUAUUGGAGCUUGGAAUUGUUCAUCCAUAUCUUAUGCCGAAAAAAUGGAACUCAUUAGGGCAGUGCUUCAAGGAGUCGAAUGUUUUUGGCUUUCGAUCUUCCCCAUCCCGACUAUAAUUAUAUCAAGGAUUAAGGAUCUUUGCCUUCCAAAAGAGGAAGAGGGUCUUGGAUUAAAGGACUUGAAGAGUUGGAAUUUAGUGUUACUUGUUAAAUCCCUUUGGAACAUUCAACAUAAAAAUGAGGUUCGUCCUACGAAAUAUCAUUCUCCGCCCUUCAAGAAACUACUGGAAAUUAGAGACAUUUUGCAUGAAAAAGGUGUUGGCCAAUAG